GUUGACGUAAACACAACCCUAGUUAGUCAAUGUAAAUUCAUAUCUGAAAGAAUGUUACGGUAGCACGGUUAAGUGCAUUUUUUUUUAAUUCACAAAAUGCGAUGUUAUCUUCAUGCACUUCUACUGUGCAUGGUCUUUGUUGUCUUUUCGGUGCUGUAUGUUUUUAAUCAACUACCGGUAGCCUCGUCUUUUGAGUCGCAAUACGAAGACGGAUGGACCGACAGAAGAACAAAAAAAUCUAGUGGCAGGCAACCCCAAUUUGGGGCCCAAGACACUGGGCACAUAGUCAGGAAUGGUGGAGGAGUGCCAAGCCUUUUUGCCCACCAAGAACAUGACAGGACCAGAACUACAAAUACCUGUCUCAAGCUUCACAUCACUCACCAGGGCUAUGAUGAUCUGGACGAGACUGACAAAUCGAGGCAAAGGGAGAAGCCAGCCUCCGCCAGCGUCCAGGAGGCCACUAGAGAUGAGCGGCUCCAUCUGGCUGUAGUGGCCUGUGGUCCCAGACUAGAGGAGACUCUCACCAUGUUAAAGUCUGCGCUCCUCUUCAGCGUCAAACCGCUACACUUUCACAUUUUCGCCGAGGACCAUCUGCAUGGCAGCUUUGGAGAGUCUCUGGACUUGUGGCCCAGUGUCUUCCAGACCAGGUUUAACUACACCACGUACCCCAUCACCUUCCCCAGUGAGAACGCCAAGGAGUGGAAGAAACUCUUCAAACCCUGUGCUUCUCAAAGGCUCUUCCUUCCGUUGAUCCUAAAAGACGUAGACUCUCUGCUGUACGUGGACACCGAUAUCUUGUUCCUUCAGCCUGUAGAGGAGAUCUGGUCCCUGCUCUCCCUCUUCAACUCCACCCAUCUGGCAGCCAUGGCCCCUGAGCAUGAGGAGCCACGCAUCGCCUGGUACAACCGCUUCGCACGUCACCCUUACUAUGGAAAGACCGGGGUCAACUCUGGCGUCAUGCUCAUGAAUAUGACCCGGAUAAGAGAGAAAUACUUCAAGAAUGACAUGACGUCAGUCCCCCUCAAAUGGGUGGAGCUGCUGAUGCCACUUCUCCAGAAAUAUAAACUCAACAUCACCUGGGGAGACCAGGACCUGCUCAACAUCAUAUUCCAUCAUAACCCAGAGAGCCUGUAUGUGUUCCCGUGCCAAUGGAACUACCGUCCAGACCACUGUAUCUACGGCAGCAACUGUCUCGAGGCCGAACAAGAGGGCGUCUUCAUUCUCCACGGAAAUCGAGGUGUUUACCAUGACGACAAGCAGCCAGCGUUCAGGGCCGUCUAUGAAGCCAUCCAGAAGUACACAUUUGGGGACAACCUAGUCCAGUCCCUACUCCUCCCCCUGGAGGAAAAGCUUCAGGAGACCAAACACACCUACUGUGGAAGAGCCAGCCACAUGUUUACUAAGAGGUUAAAACGGAGCAUCAGCAUACUUCAACAGGAAACCAUAGAGGGAAGGUGACGUAUACCACUAGCCUACCACUCUCCUACUACCAUCGAUGGCUGACUGAAACUGUGGCACACCUCGAAACUAUGCCCCCAGGAGUACAGGGAAGAGCAUGCAUUACUGGCAUGUGUAUAUGAUCCCGGGCGGGAUUUAGCCCAUUCAACCGUCCAUGCCCAAAAGUUAGAUGAAGCCGUCUUCUGUUUACAAACGGGCAACAGCUACCGGCGCGUCGACACUGCUCCAAAGACAAUUUCGAGGGGUAGAUGAUCAGAGUAACACCGUGUCUGUUUUCCUGUGGAGCCGUUGUUCCUCAAAAAAAAGUUGUCCCGUGAACGUGAUAAUCAUCAGGUUAGGGAACUGCAGUCAAAACGUGUGGGAAAGCGCUGAAAUUAAAUCUCUUUGUCCUCUACAGAAUUGGACAUUUCUAUCAUCUGACUGCAAAAAUGGUACACUUCACAAUCGGGUUGCCGUAUGUUUUUUCACCUGUGAUGAGAAUGUCAGUCUGACGAUCGCAUUGCAAUCCUCAGAAGUAUUCAAGGAAGAGAACCUAUCACGGUUCUUUAUAUGCCCCGCAUGAUCCAAAAGUAUACAUUUUUAUUUAAAGUAUAUGUUGACAUUAUAUCGAUUAGAUUGAAAUGUUAGAAUUAGAUUGAAAUAUACACCUGCAGUGUCAUGAAGAAUGACAACACACCAGUUAAAGUUUGUCAUAACUAUUCCAUGAAUGCAGUUUCAUUGGUACAAAACUUGAUUGUAAAACAAAUGCUAAAGGGAAGUAUUUUGAGGUUAGAAUCUGAGGAUAUCAAUAUUGGUGUUAAACGGUGCAUUCAUAAAGUAUUCAGACACCUUGACCUUUUUCACAUUUUGUUACGUUACAACCUCAUUCUAAAAUGAAUUCAAUUGUUUUUUUCCUCCCUCAUCAAUCUACACACAAUACACCAUAAGGAGAGAGCAGGUUUUUAGAUUUUUGGGGGGCAAAUUUAUAAAAAAAGAAUCUAACUGAAAUCACAUUUACAUAAGUAUUCAAGCCCUUUAUUCAGUAGUUUCUUGAAACACAUUUGGCAGCGACUACAGCCUUGACUUCUUGGGUAUGACACUACAAGCUUGGCACACCUGUAUUUGGGGAGUUUCUCCCAUUCUUCUCUGCAGAUCCUUUCAAGCUCUGUCAGGUUGGAUAGGGAGCAUCACUGCACAGAUAUUUUCAGGUCUCUCCAGACAUGUUAGAUCAUGUUCAAGUCCGUACUCUGACUGGGCCACUCAAGAACAUUCAGAAACUUGUCCCAAAACCACUCCUGCGUUGUCUUGGCUGUGUUCUUAGGGUCGUUGUCCUGUUGGAAGGUGAAUCUUUGCCCCAGUCUGAGAACCUGCUCCAGAGCGCUCAGGACUUCAUCAGUUAUCUCUCUGUACUUUUCUCUGUUCAUCUUUCCCUCGAUCCUGACCAGUCUCCCAGUCCCUGCUGCUGAAAAACAUCCCCACGGCAUGAUGCUGCCACCACCAUGCUUCACCGUAGGGAUGGUGCCAGGUUUCCUCCAGAUGUGAUGCUUGGGAGUAAGGCUAAAGAGUUCAAUCUUGGUUUCAUUAGUCCAGAGAAUCGUAUUUCUCAUGGUCUGAGAGUCCUUUAGGUGCCUUUUGGCAAACUCCAAGUGGGCUGUCAUGUGCUUUUUACUGAGGAGUGGCUUCUCCCCCGAUUGCUCAGUUUGGCCGGAAGAGUCUCGGUGGUUCCAAACUUCUUUUAUUUAAGAAUGUGUGAGGCCGUUAUUCUUGGGGACCUUCAAUGUUGCAGACAUUUUUUGGUACCCUUUCCCAGAUUUUUCUUGACACAAUCCUCUCGGAGCUCUACGGACUAUUCCUUUAACCUCGUGGCUUGGUUUUUGCUCUGACAUGCACUUCCAACUGUGGGACCUUAUAUAGACUGGUGUUGGACAAGAUUUAGAAAGGCACAAUCAAUUGAAUUUACCACAGGUGGACUCCAAUCAAGUUGUAGAAACAUAAGAUAGGAUGAUCAACGGGAGAGAGAAAAAAAUCUGUAUUUGCUUUGUCAUUAUGUGGUAUUGUGUGUAGAUUGAAGAUGUAUUCAUUAAAUUUUAGAAUAAGGCUGUAACGUAACAAAAUGGCGAAAAGGGGAAUGCAUCUGAAUACUUUCCAAAUGCACUGUACAUGAGAUUACAUCUAUCAACAGAAUGCACUGUACAUGAGAUUACAUCUAUCAACAGAAUGCACUGUACAUGAGAUUACAUCUAUCAACAGAAUGCACUGUACAUGAGAUUACAUCUAUCAACAGAAUGCACUGUACAUGAGAUUACAUCUAUCAACAGAAUGCACUGUACAUGAGAUUACAUCUAUCAACAGAAUGCACUGUACAUGAGAUUACAUCUAUCAACAGAAUGCACUGUACAUGAGAUUACAUCCAUCAACAGAAUGCACUUUUAAUGUCUGCCAUAUUAUAACUCAAUGAUUAUAACUACUGAGUAAAUGAUCCAAGAAUACGUCCAUAGUCUCCAUGUAAACAUAGAUAGAAUUCUAUAAUAGCCAUUAAUCAAUAUUUGUGUUGAAUUAGGCAUGAAGGUUUACUAAAGAGAUUUAAUCAUAACAUGUUUGGUUUUAGCUAAAGUUGCCAUGCAAUAGGUUGUUAUGCUCUGUGCAUUGAACUUAUCCUCCAGGUUUAUGCUUUAUCUGAAAAGUACGUACUGUACUUCGUUAUAACUUAAUUCAUGUUUUUGGAUUCACAUGUGAAUUUUAUAGGUCUUAUAGGUACGAAGGAAGCAAACAUAAAAUCAACUGAAAAUACCGUUUUAAUAUGUAUUGAAUACAUUUUAAAUAACAUACAUUUUCUCCAAUUGUACAUUGACUUAACACAACCAAACUGUAUUAAGAAGUGAUGUUUUUUUGUCACUCUUUCCCUCCAUUUCUAACGCUAAAAACAGAUUUUGCACUACUGGUUGUACAGAUCAUGGAUUACGUCUUAAAAUAUCAAUGUUAAAAUCUGACAGUGUAUGACGUGUUUUAUUGAGUAUACCCAAUCUAUGGUAAAACAAGUGUUCAUUGUGAUGUUAUAGCCAUAUAUUGUUUAUAAUAAAUAUUACACCUGGUUGUGAA